AACUGCCUUACUCCGGAGCUAGACGAGAGCAGCGAUUCUGGACAUGCAAGCACCGGUACGCCAGGUGAUCCGUUCUCAAAUCUGAAGCCUGAUCUCAGUGAAAUGCCGCUACAGUUUCCCUCCAGCGCACCGCUGAUUCGUCCUCCGUCCUACGGUCCGCCUUCUCACUAUCCACCGUCUCAUCAUCCUGCAGCCAUGUUUUCAACAGAAAUUUACCACCAGUUUCACUAG